GCCAUUAUCUCAAGGCUGCCGUAUAAGAUUUUAACGGAAAAUAAAGGGCAGCAUACAAGUAUCUCACAUGUUCAGCACAGUUAGUUAGUAAGAAGCAUCAGGGAUUAGAUUUGGAAAAAUCGAGAAGAUAAUCGAUCUUUUAGAAAAGAAGGAAUCGAAUGUCGAUUCAUAUCGCAUAUUGGCCACUCGUGACGAACCACAGGUGAUCACAUGAUCAUGUCCGAAUAUUGAGCGAAAUCGAGGGAGUGUCUUCUGUUGUGUACGAAUUGCUUUUUCGCGCAACGAUGCUCCGACAAUUAUCAUUGCUCCUCGCUGGCCUCGCAGCAGUUCAAGCCAGUGGUAAAUUUGCUGUUCUACAUUCUCCUGAAAGUGUAGAAUUCAAUGUAAAUGGAGAGAUCGAGCAAAGCGUUCUUAAAGAGAUCCUGUCUGCAGCUCUUGGUUAUACUGGAAAACAGAAAGAUACAGAGCAUAGCAUUGCUAUAUGGGACCCAUUCUCAAUGCCCAAGGCAUUGGUAGCGAUGCCAAUUGAGGGGAUAGAAAUGUUAUCCUUCAUAAAAGAUAAAGCAAAAGUUGAAUAUGCCAUGAUUUUUGAUGAAGCAGAGGAAACCACUUGGCAGGCAAUUAGAAGCAGAGUGGAAGAAAGGAGCAAUGACAAUGCACUAGUUAGGAUCAACUUGAGCGAUGGUGUCGAUGCUUUAGGUCAGUCAGCUCUUGGUGAGCUCAAGCCCGCUAACAUAGAGAAGUUGACAGUGCUGAACUCAGAAAUUGAGGAGGAUCGCAAAUUCAUCGAGGAGAUGCAGCUCCUCAACGCGAUCGCCGACAAUGCGUCUUCCACAAAGAAACAUGACUCUGGUACAGACGUUUAUUGGAUAGUGGUGUCAGCACUUAAACCAGUCCUAGAUCUCCAUGGGAACAACUCUGAGGCAGCCAAAGAGGCAUAUACUCUAUUGAAUGACGCCAUGGAACGCACGUCCAAGGCCUUUGUGAAUGCUUACGACGGCAAAGUUGUAAUUGCAGCAUUCACAAAUGAUGCCAGCAAGGUUAGGAACGCCCGUUCUGUGCUUCUCGAGAGACGAUCCAGAGAGACUGACGCCCCGGCUUAUAAGACUAACAGUGUUAAAUCUGCUGAUAGUGCCAAGGGAGCGCCAACUAGUUCAAACUUUAACGAUAAUUUGUUGACCAAGCGAGACGACGAGCAAGACCAGCAAAUAAAUAAAAAGGAAGAAGAGGAUGUAAAGAAUAAAAUGCAUAGUACUACCGAGUCCGACACUAUCGACAGCACUACUGAACGCUCGAGCGUUCAGAAUGAUAGCUGGACGUCGGAUAAAUCCGACCUGGACUCGGUUAAUAAGGAGCUUAAUACUAACACACAGACAAUAGGACAGCCCGAAUUUUCCGGCCGCGCGAAAACUUACACGGAGGACUAUCCCGUCAUCUUCAACAUAAUACUAUGGUUCGGCGUCAUUUUCGUCUUCUCUCUCUUAGUCAUUUGCAUUGCCAUCGGCGAUAUGGAUCCGGGACGGGAUUCUAUCAUCUACAGGAUGACAUCGAACAGAAUGAAGAAGGAUAAUUAAAUGUAAAUAUAGAAUUUUGAUAUUGUAAAGUAUGUUUCUGUGCAAUGUGGUAUUUUACUCGUCGGAGCGCCUGUAUGUAAUUUAUUAGUUCUGGUUCUUUUGAGAUCUCUUCUCUUUUGUCGAAGUAGAGGAAUUGGUCAUAUAUUUUGCGUAUACUGAGGACUAUCUAGUUCGAUUAAUCGUCGUAGCGCUCAAAUCGUCAGAACAUAUGUAUAUCAUUUCACUGGAGUGUGUGGAAAUGACUGUUACAUCGUUGCGAGAGUUAUAAAUCUGUAUAUGUUUUUGCGAAUUUCGACCAAUAAAGGUCGAGACUUCCUCAAAUACACAGUGUUAUCCAUAACCAA